AUGAUUUUCUUUAUGGUUAUGCCAGCUUUAAUAGGUGGAUUCGGUAACUUUUUAUUACCAUUAGGACUAGGAGGACCUGAUAUGGGAUUCCCUAGACUUAAUAAUAUUAGUUACCUAUUAUUAAUUCCUAGUAUUGUUUUAUUCUUAUUUGCAGGUGGUAUAGAAAAUGGUGUAGGUACAGGAUGA